GGUACCUGGCUUGAUGAAUUUCAACAUCUGCUUCAGAGUUUGUGUAUCUGCAAAACUAGUUAGAACUGACACUGUGUGUUUGAAUUGAGAAUCAGCCUCGCACUGUGAGAAUGGUUGUAUCACCUGAGAGGGUUCCAGUUUGUAUUCAUCCUGUGGCUUCUUAUUCAGCAUUUAUGGAAAUAUUUUAAUUCCUGCGUUGUGAAGAGGCUGGGAUACCAUGGGAUUCAAAACUCUCUGUUUGGGGCUUUUUUGUGUUAGCUUUUUAUCUUAUAUUUAUACACCUAUACCUGCCAACAUUGAAGAAACUUGGAAAGUAAUGGCCUUGGAUGCAGUUGCUAAAACUUGUACACUUAUGGCUCUGUGUCUUGAAAAUGUAGGUGUUAUGAGAUAUGAAGAGUUUAUUUCCAUGAUAAUCAGUCUGGAUUAUACACAACCACUGUCAGAUGAACACGUCUCAGUAACUGAUACGGCCUUUGUUGACGUCCCUGUGCGUUUGUACUUACCUAAGAGGAAGUCGGAAGCCCCAAGAAGGGCUGUGAUCUAUUUUCAUGGCGGGGGUUUCUGUUUCGGAAGUUUCAAGCAGAGGGCUUUUGAUUUCCUGAAUAGAUGGACUGCAAGCAAACUUGAUGCUGUUGUUGUGGGAAUAGACUACAGGCUAGCUCCUCAGCAUCACUUUCCCGCACAGCUUGAAGAUGGCAUCACGGCCGUCAAGUUUUUUCUUCAGGAUAAAAUUCUUACAAAAUAUGGAGUAGAUCCUACCCGAAUUGCUAUUUCAGGAGACAGCUCUGGGGGCACUCUGGCAGCAGCAGUGACUCUGCAGGUGCAGAUUGAUCCUGAAGUAAAGCAUAAACUCAAGCUGCAAGCUUUACUUUAUCCUGGCUUACAGGUGAUCGACACUGCUUUGCCAUCUCAUCGAGACAAUGAACAUGGUGUAGUUCUGACAAGAGACAUAGCCAUAAAACUCGUGAGUUUGUUUUUCACCAAGGAUGAGGCACUUCCACAGGCAAUGAGAAAAAACCAGCACAUGCCUGUGGAAUCCAGACAUCUGUUUAGGUUUGUUAACUGGAGCACUCUUCUUCCUGAAAAGUAUAGAAAGCACCAUGUGUACACUGAGCCUGUGCUUGGGAGAUCCUCUUAUUCACUGCCGGCACUGAUGGAUCACAGAGCAUUGCCCUUGUUAGCUGAUGAUGCCCAGUUACAGCAUUUGCCACGGACAUAUGUUCUUACCUGUCAAUAUGAUGUCCUGAGGGAUGAUGGAAUUAUGUAUGUUUCAAGACUUCAAAAUGUCGGUGUUCAAGUUUUUCAUGACCAUAUUGAGGAUGGAAUCCAUGGAGCCUUAUCAUAUAUGACAUCACCACUUUACUUGCAACUAGGACUGAGGAUAAAAGAUAUGUAUAUUAGUUGGCUGGACAAGAAUUUAUAAUUACAGUUUCCCUCAAUGAAGUUUAAUUGUGAAAUAUUUUAGUUGAGAAAAGAACAAUAUGAUCUGUGUUGCCUAAAGUUAGAUUUGAAUCAAUUAAAGGUUACUGUGUGUUGUUGAACUAA